GAUGAUUGAUAAGAGAAUUCCCCGCGCGGCGUCGAAUUUGUUGUUUUCUAGUUGACAAUAUUCCGUCUGAUAUAAAAGAACUCAGAAGUUUCAGUCAGUCGCCAAAUGAGUUGCCUAGCGCGAAAACAGCGGCAACUUCGUUCGUAUUCACCAGUUGGAUCCCGUGUUGUCCGUCGUUGGGGUAGUGGAUUUUUUUAAUCGGCGUGCUGCUUCUAGAAUUACCUGCAAAUAGACAAGGCCAUAUGUUAAUAACUUCUCGGCGGGAGGCGUGGGAAUCGUUUGUGCAGGCAAGCGUAACGGUCGUUGUUUGUAUUACGCUUACCUUAGACGUCUGGUCUGCGAAGGGAGAGGCGCGUGUCGAGUCAAUUGCCGGGUAGUUCACUUGACAUAGUGUAGUGAUGACUGGCAAAACAUGCUGGUUGGUGCUUUUUGGACUGCUUUCGCUCGGCGGAAGUGAAAGUGCGACGGUUAUAAGUUCACGGGAGGCAGCCGCCGGAAGCGGAAAUGGCGGAGAACUCAAUGAGGAACCGAUAAUUGGUGUGCUGGCCCAGGAGAUGUCCUAUGCGCUGGCCAAUAAGUACGAUGAGGACUUCAAGAGCUACAUCGCUGCGUCCUACGUGAAAUUCAUCGAAGCUGCUGGAGCACGUGUAGUGCCGAUAUGGAUCAACAAAACGGAAGAAUACUACGCCGACAUACUGUCCAAGGUAAACGGAGUCCUCUUCCCUGGGGGUGCCACCUGGUUCAACCAAUCGGAUGGCUAUGCCGAUGCCGGCUACCACAUCUACAAGCUUGCGAAGAAAAUCAAUGCAGACGGAAGUUAUUUCCCGAUCUGGGGCACAUGUUUGGGCUUCGAGCUGUUAACCUAUGUGGAUGCGGAACGAGAUGAACACCGAGCCCAUUGCAGUUCUCACAACCAGGGGUUGCCGCUGGAUUUUAAACCUAAUUUCCGCAAUAGUCGGAUGUUCUCUAAACUGCCGGGAGACGUUGAACGAAUUUUGUCCAAGGAACCGGUCACAUCAAACUUCCACCAGUUCUGUGUGACGGAGCAGAAUUUGACUGAAUAUGGGCUGGACAAAGACUGGAUCGUGAUGUCAACUAACAAAGACUGGAACGGGCUAGAAUUUAUUUCGACCCUUGAACACAAAACAUUCCCAUUCUACGGUGUACAGUUCCAUCCGGAAAAAAAUCUGUACGAAUGGAUUCGUGAUCGAAACAUCUCGCAUACCUCGAACGCUAUUCGUGCGGCGCAGUACUUUGCACAAUUCUUCGUCGAUGAGACUCGCAAGAGCGAUCAUCGCUUCGUUUCGGCUGAGGACAUCGAUCGGCACGUUAUUUACAAUUUCCCCGCCACGUUUACCGGACUGAAAAAGUCGUCCUAUGAACAGUGCUACCUGUUUGAGGGUAACGUGCACUAUGGACCGCAGUACCCUAAAGAUAGUGCCCCUAAGCGUGGGCGCAAAUUUCGCAAAAACAAAAAGCUGAACCAACAGCUUGGCACCCCGCUCCCUCAUUCUGAUAAGUACGAUUAGGUUGUCUUUGAAGGGAUGAAGGAUGAGUUCUAGCAAAAUAAUAAAUAGAAAAAAUAAACUCCUCAGAUGGGAACUGAUA